GCGAAUUUGGUAAAGGUCACUGACAUGAUAAAGAACGAAUUAUAAAUUCUAUAAUUCUAUUCUUACUGAUAAGACAGAACAAAAAUUAGACCAAGAACUCGGCUGUGACACCUUUUAGGGCAAGAUGAUUUUCAGGAUAUAUGUACUAUGUUCACUUUUCUGCUCUAUAUUAUGCAGUAACUGCGAUUAUAAAGGGACCACAUAUAGACCAGAAGAAACAUGGGUGGCCGAAGAUAGAUGUAAUAUUUGCACGUGCAGAUCUGAUGGAACAAUUUCAUGUGAAACAAAACAAUGCAGUCCUGUAAAGUGUCAUGACAAUGGUAGAGAUUACAAUAUUGGAGAGAGCUUUCUGUCGUCUGAUGGUUGUAAUGAGUGCGUCUGCACUGUUAAUGGUGCAGCGUGUACAAAGAUAUCGUGUGGUGGAGCUGGAGUGGUGAACAUACACAUUCCACGUUGUUCCUACCAUGGUAGAAUCUAUACAGUAGGUGACUCCUUUAUGUCAGUUGACGGAUGCAACAGAUGUAUAUGUACAGAGAAACAAGUGGAAAUCUGCACAAAAAUGUAUUGCGCACCUUCAACCCUGGCGCCACUAGAAACAACAAAAGCAACGACGUGUAACUAUAAUGGAAAAAUAUAUGCAUACCUUGCCCAAUUUAACAGCAGUGAUGGGUGCAAUACGUGCACAUGUACAGCCAACGAGCAGUUUGCAUGUACACAAAUGGCGUGUCUACCACCAACUACUCUACCACCAACUACGGCAGUAGAAACAACCCCAGUUUCUACAACAACGCAGACCUCAAGUUUCGUAACUACAGUGUCUACAACACCCCUGUCUACUUGUGCCUAUAACGGUCGUAUAUAUAAUGCUGGCGACCAAUUCAAAGCAGAUGAUGGCUGUAAUAGAUGUACAUGUGGAGGGAACACGCGAAUAAUCUGUACUUUGAUUGCCUGCCCACCUAAAACUACGAAGAUGCAGACUAGUCUAGAAUCAUCCACAUCAGUUAAAACCACUGUGAUUCCGGUAACAAUAAAUGCAGUUUCUUCAUUACCUACAACAUUACCUUCAGUAACUUCACAAACGACAAUGAAUAUAGAAACUACCACCGUACAUAAAUGUAAUUACAAUGGACGGGUAUAUGACUAUGGCAUGAGCUUUAAAGACGACGAUGGGUGCAAUAUUUGUAUUUGUGGUAAAAAUGAAAUUAUUUGCUCAUUAAUGAUAUGUCCAAAAUCAACCACAAAAAUUCCGACCACAGUCCAAGUAAAAUCAACGCUUUCACCAUCAAAUACUCCUUUGAUCCAAGUUACAACCCCCAAAAAGUGCAAUUCUAAUGGGCGUGAUUAUGAUGUAGGUGUUAGUUUUAAAGCUGAUGAUGGAUGUAAUACAUGUUCAUGUACAGAAAUGGGGGUUGUUGUAUGCACCUUAAUGCUUUGCCCACCUACAACCGUGGAGGCAAAUAACAUUGCAUCAACAGUUGUAUCUAAUAAGAUCACAUGUUUUUAUAAUGGACAGGUUUACAACGUUGGCGAUAGUUUUAAAAAUACCGAUGGUUGUAAUACUUGUCGAUGUAUCGGUGAUGGAGGCAUUGCCUGUACAAAAAUGCUCUGCAUACUAGUAUCAACAACUAAACUAUCAUCUACUCAACCAACAACGCAAACAAUAACAGGAAAAACGCAGUCCACAAGAAAAUGCAAUUACAACGGGCAUAUAUACAAUGUAGGAGAUUCUUUUAAGGCAACAGAUGGAUGUAAUACAUGUAGAUGUACAGGCGAACAAGAAAUAGGAUGUACUAAAAUCUACUGUCCACCAACAUCAACACAGCGUGCUAUCACCGACGAUACAACAUCAACAAUUAAUACCACUGAACCAAUAACUUCAAUCAAUCAUUUGAAAGCAACAAUGAAUAAAUAGUAAAAUAAUUUAAAUAAAAACUCGCCACAAUUUA